AUGGCUCUUGGCUUACUGAACCUGAUACUGGCAGGCUGCUUUUCUGCUGCUUUAGCACAAUAUUUUGAUUCCUCAGCUUUGUAUUCCCCUCUCUGGGGUGAGAGUCCUGGACAACUGAAUGACUACAGGUUGGAGAAUGGUAAGUUCACAAUUAAUCCCCAGGUAUUCACUAACAGAAUGGGGAUGUAUAAAAACCUACUGACUCAGACAGCCAAAUAUUCUGAAAAAUUUGCUCCAGCAAAUGAACAAAAUUUCUUAUGGGGAUUGCCUCUAUUCUAUGGCUGUCAAUAUAAGCUAGGCAUUUUAGCUGAUCCCUCCAGAAGGACACGCUGUAGCUAUCGAUCUAGAAACCAUCUGUGCAUCUCAGUGGACAGUUAUUGGGGGGAUAAAGAUUUUUAUCUUUAUGUGUUACCUCUUUUUGCUGCAGCUGACUCCGGCAUACUGGGGAUAUCCUCAGACCAAGUUAUGCUUUUGCCACCACCCAAGCAUGAAAUGAGUACUUCUUAUCAUGUUUCUGGCUGUCAAUCAUCCUUUCCUGAAAUAAUGGAAAAUUGGAGUUCCUUCUAUCAGUACAUUGAGUCAACUUCCAGUAAAUUUAUAGACUUCCUGAAGUACUACUGGAAUGCUCAAACCAAAUCCUUAGAAUACCCUGCCACUGUCUUUAAAGACAUGUAA